AUGGAUGUUUUGGAGGAUAAAAUCAAAGAAGCAAAACGUUUCCGAGACAGUUAUUACUAUAACUUUCCGCAAAGCACACCCGAGGAAAAAAGUCAGGCUGUGCGCGCUGUAGUAUUGCCACUAAUACAGGAUAUUCCAUUGGAUAUAAAUGGACAGUGUUCGGCUUCAGCUAAUUACAAUUAUCUUUGUGGACGAAUUUUGAAUAUUUGUGAAGAAUAUGACGCCAAUUGUGAAAGAUAUUUAUUGCGUGCUGUGAAAUUAGAGCCAUCAAUGGCUGAUGCAUGGCAUGAACUUGGCGAAUGCGUUUGGAAGAAAAAAGAUUUCAAGACAGCCACAGAUUGCUAUAAAAAGUCGCUUAGUUAUACACGUAGUGCUAAAUGCCUUGCUUCCCUUGCAUUAGCUCUUCGCUAUUGUGCAAUACAGGAAAAAAACGUUGAAAGUCAGAUGAAGUUGCAUGAAGAAGCUUUACAAUUAUGUACUGAAGCUGUUGAACGUAAUCCUAAUGAUGAAAAUGCAUGGCAGAUUUUAGGAAAUUCAUAUUUGGCCCAAUUUUUUUUCAAGCAGCAAAGGGAUCGUGAACCUAUGGGUAAGGCUCGGGAAGCUUAUGAAAGAGCACUACAGCUUACUGACAAACAUUGCAAUGCAUGUUUGCACUAUAAUUAUUCAACGGUUUUAAAGUUUAACCAAGAAUACAGGGAAUGUCUUAAUCAUUUAAUGUUUGCAACUUUAUGUGAUCCUAGAUUUUCGCCAGCAAAAGAAGAGUUAGAAGCAAUAGUUUCAUAUUUGCAUCGAAUUAAUUUACAAGUACAAAGAAAAGGCAAAUUGAGCAGCAAAAAAGUGCAGCAGUUUCAAAAUGCGAUCUGUAAUAAUGAUUAUGGAAUUUAUCUUAAACAACGAGUUAGGGAUAAGAAUGGUCAAGAAAAGAUGCUUAAAGCAGUAUCCUUGCAAGACUUAAAAGAAGGAGUAAAUGAUGGUGUUGUAAUUUGUACGAGAAUAAUUGCUGUUAUUCCCAAUCACGAAACUGUGCCAUAUACUUUUGUUGGCAUCGAUAAGGAAAAAACAUGCUGUGCUUUCGCUGUCCUAAAUUCGUCAAAUUUGUUUGGCGUUGUUAUCGGUGAUUCGAUAACUGUUCCUGAACCUCAUGUUAUUGAUGUUACGAUUCCGGCAGAGGAAUGCAAAGGAGAAAACAUAAAUUUUCGGAUUGUUCGUGUCACAAAUCCGUUAUUUCUGCUCAAGAACAGCAAGUUAUUAGAUAUAAAAUGUGUGGCUAUGUGUUCAAUGAGCACUAAUUUUAUUUCUUAA